AGAAGACUUAGUUGUCGAGUAGAGCUGUGAGUGGAGGCACGGGGCAGCUGCCGCCUUCCCUUUAGGCCUCAGGCGUGCUGUACUGUUGUCUCCCGACCGCGUUUGUGCCGAGCGAGAGAUGUGUUAUAAAUGAAAUUAAUUGCCUCUUUGAAGAGAAGGAAGAAGCGGAAAAGUUUUCUGGGUGCAAGUUAAUGAAAGGAACAUUGCGUUAUUUCAACAUAUAUUGAUAUAUUUUCUUACUUCAUUUGAUAUUAAUUGAAUAAAAGCAGGGAAUUACUGAUUAUAUACUAAAACGAUCACUGAGCUCUGGAAGAAGGCCAGCGAGGACCUAAACCGGGAAGUGAGGCAACGUGAGCUGCAACCCUUGAAGUUCCCCAUUGUUUCUCGCGAAUUAAACAUCGAGAAUCACCGAAAGUGCGCUUAAGGGAAGCGUAAUUAACAUCAAGCCGAUCGUGUGAACAUUGGAUAUACUGUCAUCGUCAUCUUUAAGUUUGGUAUGAUAAUGUAAAGGAAUAUCAGCUGGCGGAUGCUGUGCUGUCAUCUUAAGGUCAUGAAGGUGUCGCCAGACUCUCACUGAACACGGGCUCUCCACUAGAGUAAGUUUAUCUAGAAUGGAUAGAUUGCGAAAUAUAAAGAACCGCUUAAGCGUGUCAGUGGACAAGCUUUCACCGUCACGAAGGUCUAAGUCACAGCAACGACAGAGUGAACACCUCGGGAACGUCCCUGCGUCCACUGGGGACAUUCCUGGAUCUCUCAAGACUUCAAGGGUCGAGGACAGGCCGAGUAGUGCAUUCGAAGUGUCUGCCAGUGCAGGAUCAAGCUCUCGGCCGACCAGUUACUGUGAAGUCGACUUGGACGAGACUCUUUCCGAGGAGUGGUUACCAGUCGAGGACCUCGCCGGUGCAGUUGCAGAAUCCAAAACUUCUCCACAGAAUGAAAUGGAGGCUUCCCCAGGGCUCACUGUUGAUCCUACGCCACUAAAGCGCUCGACACCAACCAUACAUGGCGACAGCCUCAUGUCUGAAGUAAUGAAAGAAGUGGAAAAAAUGAGUGAACUGAGUGAAGGAAUGAACGUAGAGCCAAAAAACCCUGCUGAAUCUGUAGGCAAGGGUGCCACGUCUGUGGAUGGUACCCAGCAGGAGACAGAAGCUAAGGCUGAGGAUGACAGGCCGACGCCUUGCAGUCCAGGACGAAGUAAGAGUGAAGAGACUCUCGUGGCAGCGGAGGAGGUUAGCCUGAGAGAGGAAGGAGAGAAAACGAGUCCAGGCGACACGUUUGAUUCUCCCGCCGCUUGCAGGACAGAGAGCCUCACCUCGGGAUACUUCUCUGACUCUGACGUCACGCUCUCAGAGGGAAAAUGUGACAGUGUACUUCUGAAAUCACCGUUAAGGAUAUCAGAAAAUGCUGAAAAUAAUAAAUCUGCCUUUACUUCAGUGAUACCAGAAUCACACACCAAAUCAGCGUUUAGUAGUCUCAAACGUGACACUUCUGAAUACAUCCACACAUCUAUAUCCAUCGAAUCUAAAACUGAAGCCUCCAUCUGUUCUACCGUCACAAAUGUUGCAUCAACUUCACAAACUACCACCACAUAUCCGGCGGCAAGCCAUGUGGAGCAAACGGAGCCCAGUCAGGUGGCAGCCACCGCGGUGGUUCAAGACAAAAAGACCAAAAAAGAGAGUCUGUACAGCAGGAUCAUGAGGAAGAAGGAUCCUUCCAAAGAACCAAUUUACUCAAAGAAAAACACAUCGAAAGAACCAAUUUAUUCUAAGAAAAGCGCAACGAAAGAACCCAUUUACGCUAGAAUCAAACCCAAACUUACGGCAGAGACUAGUUUUCAGCCGAUUGAGCCCAGCACGGGGAAGAACACUUGCCAUGACAUGGGUGGCAGCGACGUGGUGAAGCCCGAGCCAAUGUAUAGCCCCGCCGGUGUGUCUGUAGCUGGUGUCCCCUCCUACCCUUCAGGGUCCACUGCCGCGUUUGUCCCGAUGGAACCGAAGGUGUCGUUCCCAGAUAAAAAGGUGGACCUUGCAUAUAGUCAAGUCAAGCCAAGAGAAAUUCGAAGCAACACAUUGCCGCGAGAACCAGUCUACAGCACAGUCAAAAAGAAUUCUGGUAGUUUGCCUAAAGAACUUACCCCGGGCAAGGUAAAGGAACACAUAUAUAACACACCGCUGCCUCUGACGCCGAGGGAGGAGGCUCUGUUGAGGCGGGAAUCCUUUUACAGUCACGCCUCAUCCGAUUAUGGCAAAGUGACCGUUCGUGUUGGGGAAAUUACUCCUAGUGUUCCCGCCAUCAUCACCAUCAGCAACCCGGGCUACGCAGCGCCGCCAGUGGCUGCCGCCACCCUGUCCUCACCUCCGCUUGCCUCAGGUCCCGAGCCACCCGCCUCGAGCACCGCGGCCGCAGUUUCGAGUCCGAAGACCAAUCCAGAUCAAGAACCCUCGACUAGCACGUUACAAAGUGAAACCAAAGAGAAGAGUGAGUGUGUUCCUAAAGUCCCAGUAUCGCAGCCCUCUAUCCAACGAGAAAACUCCUUCAUUGAAAGUAACACCGAGAGUGCUGAUCGCUCUAAACUCUCCCAGCUGGUGGAGGAGCUAGCUCAAGAGCUGGAGGCUGCCAGUCACCAUCUCCCUCCUGAUGAAGCUGCUGACUACAAAUCAAAGAAAGAGGUCUUGGCAAAAUUAUUGGCGACGUAUGACGUGCCCAAGAACCUGCGGCGGGUGGAAGAAGUGGAUGAAAACGCGGCUUUGGAGGCAGAGCAGGCGCUAGUGCCCAGUGGGGUUAGCAUGGACGAACUGCGAUAUGUGGAUGACAACGAAGACAACGCCGAGACAGUAUACGCCGACGUGCCUGAUUAUUCUCAGGACGAGUUUGUGAUCGCUCUUGACGAUGAGAACGACCCUCGCUAUGCCUCCCUUACGCGCGCCCUCAGGCAGCACAAGGCGGGAGGAGAGUCCCCGGGCAAAGUGAGCAAGAGAUCAGCAACGGUGUAUGCCAACGCUCUGAAUGUGGUCACGGCGCUCAGGGUGCUCAUCAAUUCAAAGUCCACGCGUGCCGCCUCGGUCAUUAACAAGAUGGGCACCCUGGCGCGGCCCUACGCUCACCGCAUGCAUGACACCAUCACGGACACAUCCUGGAUCCAACGGGUCAUUUUUCACAAAUCGGGUCACAAUGGCUUCGACGAGCUACGACGCUACAUCAAGUCAGGCGGCGAAUUCUGCAAGGAGCUGGCCACCAUCAUGCACGAGAGGGCAGAGCUGGAGGCAUCAUAUGCCAAGGGCCUAUAUAAGCUGUCCAGUAAGCUGAUGAAGGCAUCUAAGGAGACGUCUGGCACCAUUACACAAGCCUGGCAGAUGGUGGGUGUGGAGAUGGAGCAGCAAGGGGAUGUGCACCGAUCAAUUGCAUCAGCAAUUGGAGAUGACGUGGUGCGCCCUCUGCGUCAAUUGAUAGAGACACAACACAAAAUCCGCAAAGGAGUGGAAAGUAUGGUAGAUAAGACCACUAAAAACCUGCAUGAAUGGCGAGCAGCAGAGAGUAAGUCCAAGAAGCAGAGUUACAACAACUGCCGUGAAAAUGAAAAGAUCCAGGACAUGAUGCUGGAAGCUCGCCUUGGACGGGGAAAGACUCUUACUGACAAAGAAACGAUCAAGAUGGAGAAGCAGCGACGUAAGGCUGAGGAGGCUGUACAAAAGAGUGAUCUAGAAUACUACACUUGUUGCAUCCGUGCAGAGAGAGCCAGGUUGGAAUGGGAAUCUGCAGUAUACAAAGGAAGCAGCUGUUUCCAGACACUGGAAGAGGAGCGUUUGCAGGCACUCAGGGAUCUGGUAGUCAAGUACCACAAAAAUGCUUUAGAAUCUUCACCAAAGGUUGUUGCAACUGCAGAUCGACUUGAGGAACCUGUAAAAGCAUGUGAUGUAGAGAAAGAUAUCCAGGCAGUAAUUGCAGCAAAGGGAACUGGAGAAAACAUACCAGAGCAGAUGCUUCCAGAUUUUUAUGGUGAAGACAUGAAUAACAUAAUGAACAGAGAGAGGAGAAGAGAGGCAUUGGAGAAAUUCAUCAAAAUGGUAAGAACAGACCUAGAACGGGAGAGGCGAGGGAAGCAAGGUGUGGAGAACCUGGCCAAGGCACUCCAAGAGACUCCAACAUUUGGUGGGGAAGAAUCACAGCAAGAUGUGAAUGACAAACUACAACAUAUGAAGGCCAUGCUUGCCUACCUGGAGGCUGCUCGUUAUAAGAUCCAAUGUUCCAUUGAUGAACUCGGCAACAGACCCAAGACAGUCCACCCUUUGGCCAAACACAUUGAAGUUCAUCGAGAUAAGCAAGGAUACACCUGUUCAGUACUCAAGGUACCAACCUGGGUCAGAGGAAAUAGUGUGGAUGUAUCCCCUGCAAGCAAUUCUCCUACGGGAUCUCCUUACUGGAAUGAUCGAGGAACUGCUGACGGCAACUCUGUCCAGCCUGACUCAGAUUUUGGAAAUGUAGACCAACCUUCAUCAGACUCUCAAGACAUUGCUCUUAAGGAAUCUGAUGUUGUAGAUGUUCCCCCUUGCCCUCCUGUUAGAGCAAGGAGCUCAAUCAUAAGCCCUGCUCACAUAACAUCUCUCACAAACCCUCAAGCAUCAUCUUUGCCUAAAUCUCCCAAAUCCUUUGGUGUGUUUAUGUCAGCACCCCGUUACCCCUCCCUCAUGCUUGUUACAGAUGAGUUCAGCUCUCAAGGCUCAGAUCGAGACUAUCAGGCCACCAUGAAUGAUGAGAAUGCCGAACAAAACAUCAAAGACAUACCAUAUUAUGCUCACCCACUGCCUACUGCUGCAACAGGCAGCAGAUGCAAGGCUCUCUAUGACUAUGAAGCCAACAUGUAUGAUGAACUCACCAUCAGGACAGGUGACAUAAUCAACAUUCAUGAGAAGCAAGCUGAUGGAUGGUGGGUUGGAGAGCUGGACAGUGUUGUGGGCAUGUUCCCAGCAACAUAUGUUGAAGAGAUUGAUUGAACUUGGUCUGCUUAAGUUGUGAUCACUGCUUCCAAGACUAAGAGCAGCAUUGGAUGGGGGGGAUUUUCUUCACUUUACUGUACUCAUUAUAACUUUGUAUAUUCUCUGAUAGAACAUUUAACUAUAUUUCUGAGUUAUUGUACAUAAGACAGGGUUUACAAAAUAGAACUUUUAAAACUUCAAAAAUAUGUACUUGACACAGGAUUUAGGCUUCCAAUUCUGGCACUGCACAGCAUAAUUAAUCUUAAUGUUCUGAAACUAAGCUAGUCAUUGAUAUGCAUACAGUAAUGAAAUAAAAACUGAAGUUAGAUCUGACAGGUUUUAUAUAAGGUUUUAUAUGUAAAUACUUUUUUUUAGAAAAUAUGAUUAACAUUUGCAGACAGUAGUAUACAUAUAUGUAUGCCUUAAGAUCUAACAACUGUUUCUUCUUCAUAUAUAGCUUUGCUACACUCAUAUACUGUUUCAUGAUGAAAACAGAUUUUCUUCAAACAAAUAUCAUUUAUUAUAAAUUACAUACAUUUUUUAACAUGUGCACAUAUGAAAUUUUGUUGCAACUCAUUAAUCACCAAGCUCAUUCAAAACAGUACUGACCGUGACACUUGAGUUAUUAUGUUGUAGCAACUCAUUAUCUCUGGGAAACUGGAGAUUAUUAUUAGUUCAAAGAAAAUAUAUGAUUGAUUACUUAUGAA